AAGCGCCCAAGCACCCAAGCACCGACGAUCGGCAGUGAUCUUUCAAGGGAGCUAGGGCAGUACCCACGUCCACCAACAGGCGCCACGGCUGCAAGACAUUGCACACCAAGGACAACAACAGACUGCAUGAAGCUUGUACAUUUCCCACCACCCGCCAUACAAACGACAGCCAGCUACUUCUCAGGUACAUGAGCCUUCAAGUGAAAAUAUUCAUUCUCGCAGCCUUGCCCUGCUGCAGCAACUCCCCAAACCCUGCAAACGACAUGCACGAUGAGCACCGGUAGUUCAUUCAACAUCCAGCCAAUUGGCCGCUUCUCCGGCGAAUGUGCAAGCGUCAAGCGCCCAAGAGAAUUCGCCUGCUUCUCCUACGAUGACAAACAUGAGUUCCACCUGGACGACCGGUCUAUGCAGUGGUACUAUCCCCCACGGCUCGGAGCAGACCUUUCUAAGGGGUUCGACACCUUUGACAAGCAUGACGACUCUGGAGAUGAGCAUCUCGACAGCUUACUCAGGACCAUUAUGGCUCAUGAGCAGCAGACGGGAGCCAAGAUUGAUGCCCAGUUCGUGACGUGGCGUGGCAUGAUGACCAAGCUGAUGUCUGCGCCUUUUGAAGACAGAGACGGCUUCGAGAUGAACGCGACACUGUACCAAGACUGCAUCUUCAUAGAAGAAAACCACGAGUACAAGCAAGCGAGCAGGCAAGAACAACAGAACCAGCAACGGGGCCGCCGGCCGCAACAAUUCUCUCCUGAUGUCAUGACGUUCUGGGGGUACAAGUUCGAGGCGCUCAGCUGCCUGCCUCGGCCAUGGGGUGAGGUAUCAAGAGAAUACAUCGAGACUCGGGAGGACCACGUCGUCAGCAACAAGGCCCAGUACUGCUCUGUGGUUCGGACGGGCAUCGGGAAAAGCAUCCUGUGUCUCGGCGGAGAGGUUGACGCCAUAUGGGAUUCCAAGCCCGCCGAGCAGGGCAAGCCCAUCAACUGGGUCGAGCUCAAGACGAGCGCCGAGAUCCGCGACGAGCGCGGGAUGGCCAAUUUUGAGCGCAAGCUCAUGAAGUUCUGGAUCCAGUCGUUCCUGCUGGGCGUGCCCAAGAUCAUCGUCGGGUUCCGCACGCAGGACGGGAUCCUCGCCAAGCUCGAGGAGAUCAAGACCGUCACGAUCCCCGAGACCGCGGCGCGCAGAGGCGUGCGCAGUUGGGAUGCCAACAUGUGCAUCAACUUUGCGAGUGCUUUUCUGGACUGGCUCAAACAAGCAAUCAACGACGAGGGAGUAUGGAGGAUCCGUCGAGCGCCACAUUCACAUGCGAUCGAGGUCUUCCGAGUUGAGGAGACGGGCCAUGGCAACAUCCUGCCCGACGACUUUAUCAACUGGCGGAUCAAGCUGGGGCUUCAGGGCACCAGCAGCAGGAGCAGCUCUUGACACCACUCUCUUGACUCUUUGCAGCGGAUUGGACAAUCUCAGCCGACAGAUCA